CGGUCGGGAAGGUUCGUUGAGGAGGAGCUCGUGAUGAUAACUUCACUUUUUAGCCCCAAAAGAUGAUUCAUAAACUCCAAACAAGCCUUCACCGUCGGAUAUAUUUUUAUUUUUGACUUGUUCAACACUUGGCCGCCAAGUUUGACUGACUUCUGGCAGGUGAGCAUGAGCGUCAUUCGUGGAGGAUUACCGGAGUGAAGGAGGCGACAUGAGCCGCUGGGACGUGCUUGUGACCCGGGAGGCUUAUGGAAUAUAGCCCGCUGAGUGCCUGUUGCUUCGGCCCCGUCAAGAGGAAAGCCCUCCUGCUCAGCAUCAUGGUCCUCAUCUGGCUCUUCAUGCUCUACUCCUGCGUGGGUCCCUGCUCCAGCGUGCCCGGCGUGCUGAUCGACUCCUACCGGGACAGCGGUGCACCGGUGGUGGGCAGGAGGACCGAGCGGGCGGACCUGGUGUCCCGGCUGCUGGUGGCCAAGACGCAGCAGCCGCAGCCGUGGGAGGACGUGGACUACGAGGACCCCCCAGUCAGGACGGCCGCCGCCGCCGCGUCCCGGGACUUGCUCAACGACGAGCCGGCGGAGAGAACCGACGACUGGGACAGAGGACCCGGGCAGCCCCGAGCCCCGGAGCCCAGCACCUUGUCGAGCUUCUCCAACGGCUCUGGGAGCAAGAAGCUGCCGCAGGCCAUCAUCAUCGGCGUGAAGAAGGGAGGCACCCGGGCUCUGCUGGAGUUCCUGCGGGUGCACCCGGACAUCAGGGCCGUGGGGGCCGAGCCGCACUUCUUCGACCGCAACUAUGACAACGGACUGGAGUGGUACAGGGAUCUGAUGCCCAAGACCCUGGAAGGCCAGAUCACCAUGGAGAAGACCCCCAGCUACUUUGUGACCAAAGAGGCUCCGGCCCGGAUCUCGGCCAUGUCCCGGAACACCAAGCUGAUCGUGGUGGUGAGGGACCCGGUCACCAGGGCCAUCUCGGACUACACGCAGACGCUGUCCAAGAAGCCCGACAUCCCCUCUUUCCAGAGCCUGACCUUCAAGAACAGGACUACGGGGCUCAUCGACACGUCGUGGAGCGCCAUCCAGAUCGGGAUCUACGCCAAGCACCUGGACAACUGGCUGCAGUACUUCCCCAUGGAGCAGAUCCUCUUUGUGAGCGGCGAGCGGCUCAUCAGCGACCCGGCCGGAGAGCUGGGCCGCGUGCAGGACUUCCUUGGCCUCAAGCGCAUCAUCACCGACAAACACUUCUACUUCAACCAGACCAAGGGCUUCCCGUGCCUCAAGAAGGCCGAGGGCAGCAGCAAGCCCCACUGCCUGGGCAAGACCAAAGGCCGCACCCACCCCGACAUCCACCCCGAGGUUGUGCAGAGGCUACGCGACUUCUACCGGCCCUUUAACAUGAAGUUCUACCAGAUGACCGGACACAACUUUGGCUGGGAUUGAUACCCAAACAAUGACGGACUUCUUUCUUUCUUUCUUCCUUUUUUAUGCUUUUCUUCUUUUUAUUAUUAUUAUUAUUAUUAUUUUCAGUAAUUGAAGGGCAAGAUGUGGCGAGAUAUAUAUACAGUAUAUAUAUAUAUGUAAAAUGUACAGAAAUCUAUUUUAUAAUAAUUUAUUUUUGUUUGGAAGCAAUGAAUUCACUAAGCUGCCUAAGCGUGUUUGUUCAGCACAUCUGGAUCACCUCUUUUUUUUUUUUCCUUCUCCUUUUUAACAAACAUUCCUCACGUCCAAUCCCAAACCCAUUUAGCAGAUAAUAAUCUAAUAAUCAAUCAAUUUAGGAAAAAACAACACAUUUAAAAAAGGUCAUAUUACGGGUGCAGGCGUCCUUCACCUAAACUCAUCCUCAUCCACAAGUUGAUCGGCGAUGUUCGCCAAGCUAACUGCCACGUUCAUCUCCAACCACGCCUCCUUUUUCCGCUCCCAGGGUUCAAAGGUCACACAGACUGUCAAUCAUAUUCAAACACAAAGAUUGGUUCGGGAGAGCCGGGAGGUGGAGCGUCCGCUUUUAUGCCUUAUUGACUAACCCUCAUCCUCUUCCUAAGGAAGCCUGCUUCUGCCACUCAAAGACAAAAAAUAGCCCAAUAGGAAGUCAGAUCAAAAGUCUAAAUUACGGGACGAAAAAUCCAAAUUACAGGAUUAAGAAAUCAUAAUUAUGGGAUUAAAAAAAUCUAAAUUACAAGAUGAAAAAAAUCUAAAUUAUGGGAUUUUAAAAAAUCUACAUUACAGGAUAAAAAAAAAUAAAAAUUACUGGAUUAAAAUCCUAAAUUACACCAUAUAACGUAAAAAUUAUGAGAAAAAUCUAAAUUACAAGAAAAAAGUAAUAAUUAUGAGAUAAAAAGUCAAAAUCAUGAGACAAAAGUCAAAAUUAGCGGAUUAAAAAAUCUAAAUUACCAGAUAAAAAGUCAAAAUUGAGAUAAAAAUUAAAAUUAUGCAAUAAAUCGAAAUGACGGGAUUCAAAGGUCAAAAUUAUGGGAUUUAAAAAAAUCUUAAUUACAAGAAAUCGAAAUUGUGGGAUUAAAAUAUCAAAAUUACGAGAUAAAAAUUCAAAAUGACAAGAAAAAAAGUCCUAAUUAUGAUGUAAGAAUCGCACUUCCUUUUGGAAGUGUCGAAGCUACAACUCAAAUUACUGAGGUCGCGGGAGGACCGGACAUCGGCUGGGAGAAAAAAAAACGCAACAACAAAAAUGCUCAAUUGCCUCCAAUAUGGCUGUUUAAUUGCACCAAAUGAAUCCUGCUGAAGACCCCCCCCAACUAAACAUAUGAAACCCUUUGCACUGCCUCAGACCCGCCAACAAAAACUGUGAUCCAGUGAAGAAGGCGGCACUCGUGAUUCCUCUCAGUGAUCAAUAAAGUAUCUACUGUGUAUCUGUGCACGCGCAGUCUGUAUCUCAUUCCCACGCUUCAUCUCAUAAUUGGGAUUUAGCUUUGGGAUUUUUGUUUUCAGUCAGUGGUGGAAACGGGCUUCCAUAUGUUCCUCACAUCUCCACUCACCUUUUUGUUUUUUUUUUUUUGCCAAAAAGAAAGUAGCAUGUCUCACGCAGCCUUAUCUCUCGUGUGCUUUUCUUGCUUUUUUUCUACUGACUUUUUUGAUAUGCAGGAAGAAGGGAGAAGGUGUGACGUUGUCAUGACAACAAAAGACUGCAAGUGGAGCGUUUCCUAAAAGAAGGAUGUUUUCCAGAUGUUUAGAUGAUGCCGUGCCUCUUAAAACCAUCCAAUUCCACGCCGUUCAGGCUGCUGUUUUUUCUCAUUUCUGACAUCUUCUUGUGUCGGUUCCCUCCUCGGUGCAAUGUGUGACUUGUCACGAAGCAUUUAAGGCCGUCACGUUCUGCGUAGAAAGCGAAACUUGAGAUUAAAAAGCCGCACCGGUACUUUGUUCCGUUUACGGUUGAGUUUUAUUCAACCUGCUUUUUCUUUUGCUUUUCGCCACCACAGACUGGUGGGGCCGAAAAGACAGAAAAGACUGUUUGGGGUUUAAAAAAAAAAAAAAAAAAAAAAAAAAAAAAAGGAAAAUGGAACGGCGGUUUCUAGACAAUUCUAAAAUACUAAACAUUCAUAAUAUUUCUUUGUAUGAAGAAAUAAAUAAGUAUAUAUUUUACCAAACUAUUGUGUGUCUUGUUUGACUUAUUUAUUACAUUAUUACAUUACAGUGCAACCGCUAUCUAAUUUAUUUCCAUCUAUACUUGGAGUUAUACACUAUCGUACCAAACCUGGGGUGUCCUGCAGCACAUUCUAAAAAUGUCAUUUAACAAGAAAACCAAAAAAAAAACAAAAGAAAAAAGAAUAUUAAAAGAAAAAAGUUGUAAUUUGACGAGAAUAAUAUUGGGAGGAAAAGCAACAUUAUUUUGGUAGCACAAAAUUGAUAUAUUAAAGAAAUACAUGAUUAAAAAAGAGUUUUAAUAGUAUGAGAAACAAACAAAAGCAACAAAUUAAGUCAUUUGCCACAAUGGAAAAAAAAUCUGAGUUUUGGAGAAUAAAGUCAUAAAAUCUACGAGAAAAAAAGUCAUAUUACCUUUACCCAAGGCCAAAUGUCACAUAAACCCCCCCCAUAGCUGUCUCAUGCAAUGCCUGUUAUGAUGGAGUAUUAAAAUAAUGUGAGAUUAAAGUCGUACAUUUACCAGAAAAAAAAUGGUAACUUUAUGUUACGACUUAUGUAACCGUUGGUCUUGUGCAUGUGGAGGGGCGGGGUAAGCAAGGCGGACGCGAGAAGGGCUAGCUAUGCUAAUCUAAAUGCUAAAUGCGCAACUGCUGUGCUUCGCUGCCACGUUAUAAAUAAAAGCUUGCCUGAAGGAAGAGCAAAGUUUCCUUCCUUCCUGAAGAGCUAUGCUCUAUUUCCCCUCUGACACGUAUGACACCAUCACACCUCAUAUUUACACUUUAUUCUCCUACAUUUACCACUUUAUCCUCCUACAUUUACCACUUUAUUCUCCUACAUUUACCACUUUAUCCUCCUACAUUUACCACUUUAUUCUCCUACAUUUACCACUUUAUUCUCCUACAUUUACCACUUUAUCCUCCUACAUUUACCACUUUAUUCUCCUACAUUUACCACUUUAUCCUC